AUGUCAAAUCUUUCGUCUUUUUCAUCAAUGGCUACUAUGUUACAAACAUCUAAUAUUGUUUGGCAAAGUGUUAGUCUAACGGAUGAACUUAAAAUUAAUCUUGAAUAUGAUAUUCAUCGUGGUUUACUUAAUAUUUUUGUAAAAAAUACCGGUAAUAAUGACAAAUUACCAUGUCACAUUAAUAUUCUGUCGAAAUGCUCUGAAGAUGAUUGUAAAUUAACAUCAAAUUCUAAUAAUAAUAAUGAUAAUAGUAAUUAUCUAAUGUCACCUGAGAUACUACAAGAUCAAACGAACGUCACAUCCGAUAAUGAAAUAAAUAUUUGUUAUGAAAUAUCAACGACCUAUGUUUAUGAUAUAAUCGAUGAGAAUGAAAAUACCGAUCAAAUUGAUUUUAGUCAAACAAUGAUUUCAUCAUCACCAUCAUCAUCAUUCUAUUGUGAUGAACAGACAAUAGAUAAUGAUGAUGGAUAUUCAACUCAUUCACUUGAUGAUAUUGAACAAUCUCAACCACAACCACAACAACAACAGUCACUAGCAAUUCCUUCAUCUAAAUUAAUUGUACCGUCCUUUUCUUCUUCUAUAUAUCAUCAUCAUCAUUAUUAUUAUUCUGAACAGUAUGUUUCACCUGUCCGCCAGCUAAUUGAACAACUGACAUGGUUAAGUCCAUUUAAACAAACUGUACAAAAAAUGAUGAUGAAUCAUAUGUUUGAAUGA